AUUUGAUAAACUGUAGAAUUGUUUGGAGUGCGAGUUUAUCAAACUUCCCCCAUGAGUUUAUCUGCUGUUCCUGAUAACAAGAAACAUAACUUACAGCUUGUAUACCUGAAGACAGCAGUCAGUGUUGCAGACUGACCAGGACGAUAACAAUGAAACUAGAGCCACCCAGGAGAUUUCAUUGAACAGAGGAUGCCCAUGUUGAGUGUUUGGAAAGACUUUUUGAGGCAAGGGGCACCAAAAUCCUUUGAAGAUGUUGUCAUUGACUUUUCAAUGGAAGAGUGGAAGAUGUUGAGCACAAAGGAGAAGAAGCUACACCGGGAGGUGAUGAUACAGAAUUAUCUGAACAUGAUAUCAGUAGGUUUAAAAUCUGUGGAACACAAGGGGCGGGAAAGACAGAGGAAGAAACAUAAAAAAGAGAGGCAGCAGAAAGUUAACAGGCUUGAAAAACGAAGAAAAAUUCAGAGUCAACAAUCUGCUGUCAAGAACUGUGUGAAUUCAGCAAAUGGAAAGAGCUUUUCAGAAGAGAUGCAAGAACUGAAUGGAGAUAAGUACUAUAAAUGCACCAUGUGUGGCAAAAGUUAUAUACAAAGAUGUGCCUUAAAAAUACAUCUGAGAAGUCACACCGGUGAGAGGCCGUAUAAGUGUGCCACAUGUGGCAAGGGCUACACACGGAAAGGUGGCCUGACAAGACAUGAGGCAAUUCACAACAUGCAUAGUGGGGAAAAACCUUAUGAAUGUACCACUUGUAGCAAGAGAUUUACACGUAAGUUUAACCUUUCAGAGCAUGAAAAAAUACACUCUGGAGAAAAACCUUGUAAAUGCUCCACUUGUGGUAAGUGUUUUAUACGGAUGGGUUACCUUUUAAGGCACAAGAGGUCACAUACUGGAGAAAAGCCAUAUAAAUGUGACACAUGUGGAAAGAGUUAUAAACAGAAGUGUCAUCUCUCAACUCAUGAAAAAACACACAUUGGAGAGAAGCCAUAUAAAUGUAGCAAAUGUAAUGCAAGUUUUACAAGGAAGACCUACCUCAUGAAACAUGACACGAUUCACAUUGCUGCUUCUAAUAAUGCAAUAUGAAAUACCAAAACAGACAAGUAUGAGCAUAUCUUAUGGGCAAGGACAGCACCUUUGCAAGCAGAGACUGAAGUAUGAUCUUAUGAAGUUUGCGUGCUGUGACUUGGGAGUGCGAUACAUUGGGCUGCAUCACAAAAAACUCUAACAGUGCAACAAUUUAAACCUGAAAGAAGAACAUUUAAAAAAGUAAUGAUUCCAUAGGAAAUCAAGAUGCUAACUAUAAAGACAGCAGAAACAAAACAUAGAGGAAAAAAGACUAAAGCAUUGAGUAUCUGUCUAGUUACCUCGGUAACAAAAGUGUUCUGACUGAUGAGAGGUAAAAGUAUUGUAAGGUCUCUGGCUUUGCUAGCUGAAACCACUGCAGUGCUGAGCAAAGAUACUGAAAUGGAUUGAUCUGUUCAUUUGGCAUCUGGAUUUGGAGAAGAAAUAGUAUUAAACAUUAACUUUGUAAAGUAUGCUAAGUCUCAGAAACAGAUUUCACUCCUGUCACAGCCUUAAUUCUCACACCUCCCUCAAUGUUUGGAGAAACUAUGGCUACACUGAUGGUGUAGCAGGAUAAAGCCCUAAUCACUUCCCAUCCAGCCUGUGUGUGAUUAGUGGCUCGGGGGGAAUAACAGAGUG